AUGUCAAUCGCUGAGAUUUUUGAUAGAAUCGAUAAAAACAAAGAUGGAAAAAUUUCAUGGGACGAGUUUGCCGAGGGGAUUCGUGUCUUCUCUCCUUCGACAUCGUCGGAAGAAAUCGAUAAGAUGUUCAGAGAGCUUGACGCCGACGGUAACGGUGAAGUCGACUUGGAAGAAUUUGGCAAGUGUUUGGUUGGCCACGAUGAUGAAGAAGAAGACGAAGAAGAAGCUGUUAUGAAGAAGGCUUUUGAUUUGUAUGAUAUGGAUGGUGACGGCAAGAUUUCGGCGAGUGAGAUUCAUGUGGUGUUGAAGCGUCUUGGAGAGAAGACUACGAUGGAACAAUGUAUUGCGAUGGUUCGAGCUGUUGAUGCAGACAAGGAUGGUUUUGUCAACUUUGAAGAGUUCAAAACUAUGAUGAGUCCUAACAACAAAUCACUAUGA